CGCAUCCCACACCACAUCCAAGUGACACAUGCACCUCAGUCCGGCUACACGCUCAUCCCAUUAUACUUUUGCCGUGACAGACCAUUAUUUUGAUCUAAAAGAAAGCGAAUCGCCGACACACCACCACUCCACGAACCAAGAUGCCAUACCUCCCCACCCCACAAGCCUACCUGGAGCAAUCCGCUCUGCUCCUGCAAGCAUAUCCUGAUGCGAAAAUAACAACAAAAUACACCUUCGCCCACGCCACCCGCUCGUCUUCUUCUUCCUCCCCCUCCUCCAAACCCCAGACCACACAAUCCGACCCCUCGCAACAACCCCAGAGUCAACAAGCGCAAGAAAAACCCCGCAUAGCCACCCUCACCCUCAAGACCUUCCACCCGGAAUCCGGUAUCUGCCUGAAGUACCGCACCAACAAGGGCGCCGAGGUGGGCCGGUUGAUCUCCUCGUUGGGCAAGUUGGCUGCUGGGGCGGAUGUGGAGGGGUUGGGGUUGGGGUCGGGGGGUGGGAUUACAGGUUCGGGGAUUGGGGCGGCGGAUGUGGAGAUGGGGGAUGCGCCUGCUCCUGCUUCUUCUGAGGUUGCUGGGGCUGUGGAGGGGGGCAAUGAGGCUGCUUCUUCGGCCGGGGCGGGCGCUGGCGCUGGCGCUGGGGGUAAAAGUGGGAAGGGGAAGAAGAAGGGUGGGAAGGGGAAGCGGUGA